CUCUGCCAAUGAGAGAACAUUCUAAUGGAUAAUAAUAUUUAUAAUAAUAACACACCAUAUUCACUUCAUCAAAACUAUUAUUCACCACUUCAUAUAUUAUUUAUUUAUUUAUUUCCCACCAAAGUAUCAUUCAUUCAUUUUUGAAGCCAUACCAAUGGAGGUUUUCUCUGUCACAGCAACUACCAUUCCUUCCUCUCUCACACAUAGACAUGCUGCACAUAAACCUUCUGCUCAUCUCAACCUUUCCAAAUACUCACAUUUCAUGACCUACCCUUUCACCACAACAUCCAUCCAAAACAGAAUCCGUGCCAAUAUCAUAAGAUCUCAAGCUUCAGGCUCAACAAAAUCUAGUGUAGCUGAGGGGCUUCCUGAGAAAACAGAUUCCAAGGAUGAUAAUUUGGUAUUUGUUGCUGGUGCCACUGGCAAAGUUGGUUCAAGAACUGUUAGGGAGCUAAUAAAGCUUGGUUUUAGAGUCAGAGCUGGAGUCAGGAAUGCUCAGAGAGCUGGUCCAUUGGUUCAGAGUGUUAAACAAUUGAAGCUUGAUGCUGCUACAAGUGGAGGGAGUGAAGCUGUAGAGAAGCUUGAAAUUGUGGAAUGUGAUUUGGAGCAGCCAAAUCAAAUUGGAUCAGCAUUAGGGAAUGCAUCAACUGUUAUAUGUACCAUUGGUGCGAGUGAAAAGGAAGUUUUCGACAUAACCGGACCUUUUCGAAUCGAUUACCAGGCCGCCAAAAACCUAAUUGAUGCUGCAACUGUUGCUAAAGUAAAUCAUUUCAUAUUGGUUACUUCAUUGGGAACAAACAAAUUUGGUUUUCCUGCAGCUAUUCUCAAUUUAUUUUGGGGAGUCCUGUGUUGGAAAAGGAAAGCAGAAGAAGCAUUGCUAGCCAGUGGAAUUCCUUACACAAUAGUGAGACCUGGAGGCAUGGAGAGGCCUACUGAUGCUUACAAGGAAACUCAUAAUGUAACCUUAUCAACUGAAGAUACUUUAUUUGGGGGUCAGGUCUCAAACCUUCAGGUUGCUGAAUUCAUGGCAGUCAUGGCUAAGAAUCGCGAUCUUUCAUAUUGUAAAGUAGUGGAAGUCAUCGCAGAGACGACUGCGCCACUGAAACCUAUGGAAGAACUUCUUGCAAAGAUACCUUCUCAACGCCGUUACAUUUAUUCGCCUAAGAAACCAGAUACUGCAGCUGUCAGUGAUCCAGGUCCCUCUACCAAUGCUGUGGCAGAAGUACCUAUCAUUGUCCCUCAGAAAGAAACAGCACAACCUAAACCAGUGGUGAAACAACCACUUUCUCCUUAUACUGUUUAUGAUGAUUUAAAGCCACCAUCAUCUCCUUCUCCAACUAAGCCUAGUGACAGGAAACAGAUAGAGAUCAUCGAAGCAGUGCCAACAUCUAGUUCUUCAGAUACUCCAAGUAGCAUUACAGGAAUUGAUGGCAUUUCUGAGAUAACAUCUUCCUCAAAGGGGAAGGAGUCUCUUUCUCCUUAUGCAGCCUAUGAGGAUUUGAAACCUCCCACUUCUCCUAGCCCAAGACAAAGUAGUUCCAGUGACAAACCUCUUAGUGCCUCAACAACUGUGGACACUGUGUCACCAUCUACAGUUGCUGAAAAGAAUCCUUCUCAGGUUUCAAAUUCUAGUAAAUCUCCUUACCAAGUAUAUCCUGAUUUAAAGCCUCCUAGUUCACCAUCUCCUAAUGCACCAACUACAUCACUAUCUACAUCUUCUGUUGGUGUGGUGCCUGAGAUUGAUACAGUAUCAAACAAUGGACCAGCUCAACUUUCAGUAGCAGAUAAACCAACUGAUGAUGGACAGAAUUUCCAUGAACCAAAGUCAAGACCACUUUCACCUUAUACAAUGUAUGAGGAGUUGAAGCCUCCUGCAUCACCAUCACCUUCCUUCAGAAAAUCCUAGGAACUGCCUCCUGCUUAUGGAAUCAGAUAAGGAUUAUUGUAUUGAAGAGUUUAUGCAGCAACUCAUAUGGAGGAUAGAUGUGAUUCAAAUAUGAAGAUAGGAAGCAUCUAUGCAAAUGGAAAUUUUCAGCCAUGCCAUUUAUUUCUUUAUGACCUUUUGAGGAUAGUCACUCAAUGGUUGCUAUUUUCUUUUUAUUUAUUAAAAAAUUACUUCUACCAUGUUGCAAUUUUUAUUAAACUUAAAUAAGGAAAAGGUAUACUUACUUUUUCAUCAUCAGUUUUUCCAUUUAUUUUAUAUAGUAUUAUUUUCA